AUGGCCGUUGAUACUGACUUAACAUUCGUUGGUAACAUAUUUAUUGCAAUAUCAGGGAUUGCUGCAUUCUUAAUCGCAGUUUUUGUUUGGACCCGAUGGGAUCAGCCUAAAGAGUCAUCAUGUACUUUUUUUUCAGUUUACAGUCAUCCAUGGCUCCUUACAACACUAAAAGGACAUGUGGGCCAAGUUUUAGAUAUCGACUUUUCGCCCAAUGGAAAGUUCCUGGUAUCAGUGUGUAGUGAUAGAACGAUGUUUUUGUGGAAUAUAAAAGUCUGUGACUUUACUGAACGAGAACACAAAUUCGCUCGGGGUAAUGUUGAUUUGGAUAAUGGAUCAUACGUUGCUUUUGCUCCAGAUUCAAAAAGCAUAUUACUGUGUCUACAAGUGAAUAACAAGUUAGCGGUUUAUAAAGCAACGAAAAAAGAAGACGGUUCUCACGGUUAUCGGAUUUUACCUGUUGAAAACGUAGAGUUUCCUGAAGUACAUGCAAAAGAUAUCAAUGGCAUAGGAAUUGCCUGUAAUGGAAAAUUUGUGUUGUCGUCGUCGGAUGACAAUAAACUGGUUGUUUAUAGUUUGCAUGGUGAGCUUUUGAAAACAGUUGAACCAAAGCUCAAUGUUUUAUAUGAAGCUCUAGUGACUCCUGAUGGCCGUUUUAUCGCCGCUAGUGGCUUUACACCUGACGUCUUUGUUUUUGAGGUUUUAUUCAAUCGUCAAGGGGAGUUUCAAGAUGUAAAAAAGGCAUUUGACUUGAAGGGCCACAGGUCAGGCAUACCCUCUUUUGCUUUUAAUCAAAAUUCAAGUCGUUGCGUUACUGCUUCAAAGGAUGGAACUUGGAGGUUGUAUGACACUGAUAUUCGUUAUUCACUUGGCGAAGAGGCGAAAACGAUAGCAAGUGGGGAGUGGGACCUUCUAAAGAAUGCGCCUCCCGAAUCUGUUAGUGUGGCAAUGAGCCUCUCUGGAAAGAGUUUCGCUGUUGGUGCUAGCAGACACAUACACAUUUUCAGUGCAGUAGAUGACACGAAGAAAUUUGAUAUAAAUUUAUUAAACCGUGUCCGGAUAAGCCCUUGUGGCAAGAUGGUAGCAACAUGUGGGGACCGAUAUAUUCGUGUAUUUCACAAUGUAGCUGAGUACUACAGUGAUGUCGUUGAACUUGAGCGUGCCGUUAAAGAAAGUCGCCAAGAAUCACACAAAAGACGGGUGCAAGAGCAAUUGGAGGAAGCAAAGGUAGCAAUGAAGGCUUUUUAG